CCUCUCUCUCUCCUCUCAGUGUUUGUGUUGCUCCCCUCUCGGAUGAAUCUCGCAGUGAUGGAGAUCAGAGUGGCUCGUUUUCGCGUUCGCCGGAGAUAAAGUGAUUUUAAGGAGAAAUGCAACGUGUUUCCUCUGAUAAUCACACGCGCGCGCGCUGUCUCGUACACCACCAGACCUGAGCUCACAUUGAGACGAAGAGCGGUGCUGGGAAGUUUAAUGUUUCUCAAGAGCGACGGAAGACAGUCACCCGAACAUCUGAGAAAAUUUCACCUGCUGGGUUUGGCUCACAGAAUUAGGAUGACCUACAAAUCGACAUCUCUUCUCUUCUCUGAUGACGAGGGCGGGGCAACCUGUCACUCACAUGAGAUCCGCCAAUAGCAAACCACAACCAUCUAAUCAAUUCCCCAUGGACAAAAGGUUUCUGUUUCUUCCCGGUGGGCUCAUGCUCCUCAUCUAGGGUGGGGGGGCAUCGCCCCAUUCUGCCAUGAAAGGCUACACCCCCCAGCGCACCCGUCACCUUUCCAACUGCGAGCCACCCCGUUCUCCCAGUCACCUGUACCACCCGUCUGCGGCCUCCACACUUUCUCACACCUCGUUCCCCGUACCAGCAGCCAUGGACCACUACGGAACCCUGGACCCGCACCACUUCUCCCCGUCACCUGGCCCGGGAGGUCUUCCGCCCGACUGCUUGAUGCCCCUCAACAACCAGCUGUCCUCCAGCAGCACCUUCCCCCGGAUCCACUAUAACUCGCACUUUGAUCAGGGGGAGUUCGGUCACUCGGCAGCCGACAGUAUCGGGGGAAUCAGCACAGGGACGCUGGGGACAUCUAUGUCCAUGGGAAUGGGUCUCGGAGUGGGACGGACCGCCAUGAUCACCAGCGGAUCGGCAACUAUAUCGGGAGCAGGAAAGAUGAACCGUUUGCCACCCAACCUCCUGGACCAGUUCGAGAAACAGCUGCCAGGGCAACAGGACGGCUUCAGCACAUUACAGUUCCAUCGCAGCACCGCUGUGACAACAACGAAACAGCAACAACAGCAGCGCACGGACAGUCCGGGAAAAAUACGCUAUUUAGUUCACUCUGUCCAGAAACUUUUCGCUAAAUCUCAGUCGCUGGAAAACUCCGCCAUCAAGAGUAACAUGAAUGGUCGCAACAGCAGACCAUCAGGCAGCGAUGACAAACAUCAUCGGAGUAAAAGCAAAGACCGGGCGAAGAGUGAAGGAACGGCCAAACGGAGGCCACGGUCCAAUAUGUCUGGAUACUGGAGUUCCGACGACUUGGACAGCGAUAUAAGUAACUAUAGAAACCCCAUGGCCAUGAUGACUUUGGGCCGGCAAGGGGUGGGAUCCGGACCGGGGCCGGACGGCCAGGUGGCAUCCAGGUACUUCAUGCAGGGCUACAGCACCAUCAGCGAGCACACGCUGAAAUCUUCAAAGAGUAACAGUGACCUAAAGCAUCAGGGGCUCCCGGCACUCCCGGGACCUGGUGGUGGUGUUGGUGGUGGUGUCGGAGGAGGGAGAGGGCCGAUUUUUGAUGGGAACUUUGGUAAAGGGGGACCCUGGUCCACGCUAACGUUAGGACCCACGAGGCAAGUGUGCCAGAAGGGCUCGGCCACGCUGGAUCGCACCCUGCUGAAGUCAAAGUCCGUCCAGCAGGAUCUGGGCUGCCACUUCCUACAGGUGCGAGGGAGGAUGCCCUCCACCGGUGAGUGGACGGGGACUCUGGGCAGAAGUGGGCCCAUGGGUGAGAUCCCCUGUAGACGGAUGCGUAGCGGCAGUUAUGUGAAAGCCAUGGCUGACCUUGAGGAUAGCGACGACUCCGAUGUGAGUCCAAAACCCUCACCGAAAAGCACCGCACGGAGGCAGAGCUACUUACGCGCAACACAGCAAUCACUAAGUGACCAGUUCCCUUCAAGAAACCGUCUGCUGGACUACUCCAUGCUGCAGGGGGAUCUGGAGGCUCUCUGGUCCCCCCUCCACAGCAUUACUACUCUGCAGCAGAUCGGACGCUCUGUCAGUUGUCUUCCUUCUCUGCGGGAGUUCUCUGGGAAUCGCAGUCUGGAUAACCUGGACUGCAUCGGAGGCAGUUCUCCAUUCCCAAACUGGGAUGAUGAUGACUUCAGUCAGGGCUGCAGCACUCUCGGACGCGGCAGCUGCAUCAGUCAGAUGCGAGACAUGGAGUUGAGCCGGCAUUAUGGAGAUGAGUUGGAAGACAUUCAUCCUCACUCACGAUGCAAUGAGCCUCCCGAUAUGCCCAUGCCCACAUGCUUCCGGUCCCGUAGCCAUAGUUAUCUUCGUGCCAUUCAGGCUGGCUGUUCACAAGACGAUGAUGACACAGCAUCAAUGGAUUCUGAUUCACCACCGCCCACCACGACAACAACAGUACGCACCUACAGCAACAGCACCGUCUCCACGUGCAUGACCAGCUGUAAGAAGGUGGCUCCGCCUCCUGUUCCCCCUCGAACCACCUCCAAACCGUUCAUCUCCGUCACCGUGCAGAGCAGCACUGAAUCCGCACAGGACUGUUACCCUGACCACCACGACCGCAAGAGCGAGGUCAACAGCCAAUCGGGGCGCAGCAACUCCUCAGACAGUCUCGACAGCACACGGGCCAACAGUCUGGCCAAAGGGUCACGACCCCAGAUUCCUGUAGCGGCGCCCCGGGAACCCCAGAUCCCAGCGGCUGUGGUAAUCUCUCCCAACCCUCUCCGCGAGUCCCAUAAUGAGCAGGUGAAAGGAGAAGCUCUCGCUGCGGACGAACAUCCUAUAGACCCUGUACCACGACGGAAGCUUUCUUCCAUUGGAAUUCAAGUCGACUGUAUUCAGGAAAUCCAGGCUAAAGUAGAGACGCCACCAUUGGCCAGAUUCCAGUCAAUCGGAGUUCAAGUGGAGGACGGCUGGACUUUCAGCCGCUCCAGUAGUAUGGCCUCUCGACAAGAGACGGACUCAGACACGCAAGAUCUCUCGCUCACAUCUCUGACGUUCCCAUCCAACUCCAAAAACACAGAGAAGAAAAUCAUGGUCAACAGCGCCAGCCAAUCAGUGGACUCACCCCCCCAGCUGUCCCUUGACAACGGUAACCAUGACAACGAUGUCGUCGUUACUACCAGCGGCCCCUCCCGACAGAUCCUGACUAAUCGCUCGACCACGCAGAGUAGCUCCUCGUCCUUCUCGGAGAGUCUGGAUCCUGCGCUUGACCCGUCCUCGCUGCCCCCGCCCGACCCCUGGCUGGAGAGCGGGAACGGAACGGGGAACGGAGGCUCCGCCCAGCCGCUGACGGCCACGACGGGUGCGACGGCGUGCCGACGGGAUGGUCAUUGGUUCCUGAAGCUCCUGCAGGCUGAGACGGGCCGGAUGGAGGGCUGGUGCGGUCAGAUGGAGAAAGAAACCAAAGAGCACCAGCUCUCAGAGGAGGUGUUGGGGAAGGUCCGUAGCGCGGUGGGCAGUGCUCAGCUCCUUAUGUCCCAGAAGUUUCAGCAGUUCAGAGGCCUGUGUGAACAAAACCUGAAUGUGAACGCAAACCCGAGACCCACGGCACAAGAUCUGGCUGGGUUUUGGGAUCUUCUGCAGCUUUCAAUAGAAGACAUCAGCCUCAAGUUUGACGAACUUUAUCAUCUCAAAUCAAAUGACUGGAAGCUAAAUGGAGACUCGCCUGAGAAGCAGGAGAACCAGAAACAGGCUCCUCCGGUGCCCAAGAAGCCUGGGAAGAGUAAACCGACUCUGGGCCGCGAGAAGAGCAACGACGCAGUGGACAAACAAAGACAGGAGGCUCGCAAGAGGCUCAUGGCGGCCAAGAGAGCUCAGUCUGUCAAACAGAACUCGGCCACCGAGAGCGCUGACAGCAUCGAGAUCUACGUGCCCGAGGCCCAGACGCGACUCUGAGAAAGCGGGAAAGAUGCACACCGUACCAAGAUCAAGGGCUCCGGCAUCACACAAUAUGAAAAGCUGCUUUUGUCAUUUGACGGCAACAUGUAAUAAAACAGAGGUGAGAGAGGGAGACCGAAAUGAAGCAGUGCGAACAGAACACAUUUUUGGGACUGCCAAGGAAAUCCUCACAAAGAAUCCUAUUAGUUGCAAUCAUUAAUAUAAUUAUUGAUAUGAUAAUUAACAUCGAGAACUGGUAUUGAUAAUGAUUUUUGUCCUAAAUUCUAUAUGAGAUUGUUUUAAAUGUUCUAAUAUUUUGGAUAAGUAGAAACACACGUCUGUCACCCAGCGCUUACGUCUUUGCCCGCUGAAAUCAACGUCUUCCUGUUAUACGCUUCGGUUUCUGUUCUUCUUCAUCUCUUCCUUCAGCCAGUGAUGCUCCUCGUCCCUUAUUUCUGUCCCUUAUGGAACAGAGUGAAAGGCUUUUCUUCAGUCGGGUGUGAACGCUGGUAAAUCCACUCCAGAUCUAAUGUCAGUGUGUUUCAGGUCAGACAGAGGGCGCUCUUCCAUUUCCUGUUUAAUUUGUUUUGAUGUUUACAAGUCAUGCAUUGUGGUAUAUCAAAUGAAAGCUGUUGUACCUCAGUCAUGUCUCCAUCUCAGGUCCUGAAGUGUCACGGUUGUCGAGUUCCCAUGAGUUUGUACAGGUUUUCAAUCCUGAUAUUCCUUGUUAUUUCUGCUCUGCUUUAAAGGGGCUAUAUGUAAGAAUUUAUGUAUUAAUCACUUUUUUUAUUGCCAAUGUGUGAACAGCUUGUGACGAAACUUAAAAAAACGCUACUUCCCCGACUUCCUAGGGUGUCUAUGAAAGCCCGUAGACUGAUUUUUAUGUGAAGGACUCGGGAUGUUCUUGCCGGGAAAAAUCAAAAGGAUGUGACGGUUAUGCACGUUCCCAAGAGCCUCUGUUCCGUUCACACAUUAAAUGAAUGCUUACGAUGUUCAGGAUAAUGCCGAUAAGAUAAGAGCUAUUCUGUAUUUUUAUGUUAAUGUGUCAUGCGAAGAAAAGGGAUUCAUUCAAACUAUAAUCUCACAUGAUUAGAUGUAUAGUCUAUAGUCUCAAAUUUACUUUAUAAUCAAACUAUCAUAGGUGUAAUUUUAAUUACCUCAACUCUCGACAUGAUGCCAGUGAAUCGCAGAGCUGCUGAAAAUAUAUCCACAUCACUAUGAUCAUAUGCUUUCUUCACUGCUGUUUUCUCACCGCUGUCAUUUUUGUUGUAUGUUUAUUUUGUUAUUGAGAGGAAAGCGCGCAGCACAUAUUUACAUAUUCAUCUAAAUGCCUGAAUUAUAGGCCUAUAAUUAAAAUAAUUAACAGUCUAUAAUAUAUAAUAAUUGACUGGGGUUUGAGACUUCAUAACACUCAAGCAAAGUUGUACAUUGCUUAUGUGAUAUCCACUGACUCCCCUUCAUGGUUUAAAACGUAAAAAAAUUACCCCAUUUGGGAUGCAACAUUUUUCUUUAUCACCAUUUGCAAAAUGAUGGACGAUUCACAUUUUCCGUGAUAAUAAAAUUAAGUUAAUAUUAAAUAAAUGAGUUACUAAACAAAUAAUUUAAUGAACAAGUAAAUUAAUAAAAGAGGCGCCAUAUAUGCAGGUGGCUUGGAAGACGUGGGUAAUAUGGUUUAUCCAUUUUACAACACGAACUGGAGGCAACACACUCUAAAAAAUGGUGCUAUAUAGUACUAAAAGUGGUUAUAUGGCUCAUAAUCAUAAGGGAACCACUUUAAGUGCUGUAUAGCACCAAAUCUUGGUGCUUCAGUGGUUCUUCAGCGGUUCUUCACUGGUUCUUUGGGAUGACUGAGGUGCUAUAUAGCACCGCUACCGUAUACAGAACCUGUUGAGCCCCUUUAAAGGUUCUUUACGAGCCAAAGAACCACUGUUGGUGCUGUUUAGCACCAUAUUUGUUGAAGAAAUAAAAUGCGAUAUGGUACCUCUUAUGGGUUCUACAUAGCACCAAAAGUGGUUCCCCUAUGAUUACGAGCCAAGAGCCACUUUUAGUGCUAUAUAGCACCUUUUUUUUUUUUUUUUAGAGUGCGCAGUUUACUAAAUUGCUGCUAUUUUGAUAGCUACAGAACUUAUCUCCCUCUUUUCAUUUUCUUUCUUGCUGCAUUAAAGAUGUAAUGGUUUAAUGCUGCCUUCACAUGCCCUCGGAAUUAUCAUAAAUACGAGUUUCCUAGGUAAAAAUUCCACAUGAACGUCCUAUUUCCUCCUAUUGAAAGCGUUGCGUUUGUAAUCACAACUUCAGAGGUGGGAAUUAUCAAAUUUCCAAUAGCACAUGAAGGCAGUAUAAUUUCUGUUUACAUGCAGGUGCAGUGAGGGGAAAAAAACACUGAGUUUAGGGCAGUCGGUUCGUAGCACUGCUUCAAAUGUGAGAUAACCUCACGAGGGGCAACCAAAAUUUCUGACAUGUCAGAAAUUCAUCCGACCAUCCGAUUGCCGGUCGGGAGAGGUUAAUCGCCUCUCGGUUACCCCUGUACAGUGCACAACAAAGCUGAAAUUCGCCUUUAUCAAAAACAAAAAAACAAAAGAGUUGCACGAGUCAGAAUUCUGCUUGAAAUCGGAUGAAAAUCGCAGUGUAUGCCUGGCUCGAAGAACGAAAAAGAACUUUGUGAGUAGACUAUAUCGGGUCUUGAAUCACAUUUAGUCUCUUGUGUGUUACGUGAGAAUGAGCAGUAAGUUGCUAGCUGCAGUUCACUUAAUGGCCACUGGUGUCGCUAAUAACAAGGGUUUCUGAAUUCUACAUAUAGCCCCUUUAAGGAAAACAACAUAACCUAAUAUUUCAUUGAAUGAAGUGCCUGUGAAUCAUUAUUGUGGGUAACUGUAUGACCCUUGUAUCAAACAUGAUAUCACAAUUACUCAGUUUAGUCAGCACUCCUUAAAACACGUAGUGUUGCAAUGCUCUAUGGUCAGUUUAGACAGUGCGAUAAAACUUUUUUAUCACUCUGUUUUAAGUAAUGAGCUAAAUAUGAUUCUUCAUUGCACUUCAUACUUCAGAUUCUUCUUAAAACCACAAAUCUAGGCUUGUAUCUCAUCAUAUCAUUGCACCCUUUUUAUAGACAUUUAAUUUAAAUUGUCCAAUGAAUAAUUUGGAUGAAUAAUAUCAGACAAUGACUAGAUAAAAUUACUUUGCUGUACACAUACACAUUUGAAAUCAGGACUAAAAUGUGACUCAAUUUGGACUAUGAAUUGUAUGAAAACAUCUUUAUACAUAGGAGGUGAUUAGGUUUGUUUUAAUUAUGAAAAGCCAUUUACUUAUAUGAUAAAACUGACAAUUAAGGUGUCAUAUCCACAUAUUCUAAUACUGGCAUUUUAUUUAUUAUCCUGUGCUUAUGUUCUGCCAUCUGAUUUGUCCGUUACAAACUUACUGCACUUUUCAUAACUUUUUCCACACACUACCAAAAGUUUGGGAUCGUAAGAUUUUUUUUUUUUUUAUGUUUUUAAAAGAAGUCUCUUCUGCUCACCAAGGCUGAUCAAAAAUGCAGUAAAAACGGUUAUAUUGUGAAAUAUUAUUACAUUUUCAAAUAGCUGUUUUCUAUGUGAAUAUAUAGUAAAAUGUAAUUUAUUCCUGUGAUCAAAGCUGAAUUGUCAGCAUCAUUACUCCAGUCUUCAGUGUCACAUGAUCCUUCAGAAAUCAUUCUAAUAUGAUGAUUUGCUGCUCAAAAAACAUUUCUUAUUAUUAUCAAUGUUGAAAACAUUUUAUCAGGAUUCUUUGAUGAAUAGAAAGUUCAAAAAACAGCAUUAAUUUGAAAUGUAACAUUAUAAAUGUCUUUACUGUCACUUUUGAUCAUUUUUUUUUAAAUAAUAAUAAAAUCAUACUGACCCCAAACUUUUUAAUGUUAAGGUAUUCAUCACAUACACACUCAUGAACUCAAAUGAUCUUCCAUUUGCAGCUCUGCAUUCAGUGACCAAGAGGCCACAAAUGUCCCCCAAAUCAGCCCAAACUGCCCGUCCACUAACAGCUCAGUGAUUGGCUCCUAUUGUGUGUCAUCCGAGCCGCUGAUGGUGUGAAUUGCAUCUCUUCAGUUUUCAGCCUCUCCCAGUCGUUCCCUCCAUUUGGUGUCGGUCGAGUCGUUGACGCCUGCUGAAUGUCUGACAUACUCAGCCGUUUAAACGUCUUGACAUUCCUGAAAACCCUGCAGUUCCACAGAUAAAUCCAGAAUAAUGGAUCAUGAUCAUGUGCAUGAAUAUUUGAAUACACAUAUCCUUUGUUUAGUAAACUCAAGUUUCAUAUCAGAUGUACAGGAACACGAAUCUUGUGGGAAACCCAAUUUAUUCAAAUUUUACCAGUCGUUGACACUAUUUCCCCAAUUAAAUCAGCAUACAAAAAUAUUACCAUGAAGCGUAAGUAAUUUAAAUAAGUACUAUAUAUUCUAUAUUUUAUGGCAUUUAUGUCAUGGUAGUUUUUUAUACUACCUUUUAAUAAAUUCACUAACUUUAAUUUAACUUAAAUUUGUUUUAAUUUAUUACAGUAAUUUUGCAGGGGACAAAACAGAAAAAAACUGCAUUAGAGUAGUGAGAAACAAUGCUGAAAAUAAUGGGACGUACAAAAAAAUUAAAUGUAAACAUUCAGAUGCAUUAUUAUAGUAAUGCAAACAGGGGGAAAACGUUAAAAUAAGCAUUUUCCCAAAAAAUGAUGGGUAGCUUUAUUUUAUUUUAUUAUUUUAUUUUAUGCAGUUGUUCACCAAAUGCCUAACAUUGAGUUUUGAAUCUUCACAUGGUGAGCAGAAGUUCCUGUCAGCACUAUCUGUGUGUACACAACAGCAAUUCCGUGCAGGGAUUCAGUAACCGGAUGUUUACGAUGGUAACUUGACAUGCUGAAGUGGUUCAGAUGGAAACAGACGCUCCUGCAGCCCGAAUGUUUCAAGCACACAGACACUGAGAACUACAGACAAAUCAACCAACGUCAACGUGCAAAAAUACACUACAAUCUCAUGUCUGAUUUUUAUUCUAUUAUUCACUCUAUAGAUACCAUCUUAUGAUCAUUUAUUUUUCUUGGAUCAAUCUUUUUCUAUGAAAACAUCAUUAUAUCAGUUGAAUGUCUUGAAAUUGUCCACCUGACAACCUUUUUUUUUCACUGUCUAGUGUUUUAGUGCUGUGAGAUUUAUUUUCACAUGAUUGGUGAGAGAUCACAGAUGUUUUAUUUCUCCUGUUGUCUCGCUGUAUGUUCACAUGUGAUCUUGAUCAUGUUUGUGGGCUUCCCUGAGGACGAUGACACAAACACGGCCCUCUUAUGGAUUACAGCAGAUGAAUUUUGGAGAAACUCUCAUGUGCAACACAGGGAUUUGUGUUUCGCCCCUCUCUGUUCAUGCUGCUUGGAUUCUAGAUAAACUGUUUUCUACACCUGUUAAGUGACUGGCCAGUGGUGAAACACAACAGCGGUCAGGUUAUGAUGUUCGACGUGACGUGACGCCAGACGUCAUUCAGCCCCUCUUUCUUCAGCUGUGUUUUACUAUAGUUUUUUUGGGGGAGGGGGGGUUGUCAGAGGAUAAAUAAUCUAAAUGCAAGAGUUUGUAGCAACAAGAUUUAAGAUUAUUAUAAUAAAGAUUGAUAAUCAAUAUUUUAUGAAACAAGCACAUAUUUUACUGACUAGGAUUUGUUGAAUAUGUCUAAUGCUGUAUGAAGUUUAGGCUGUGUAUGUCAGGGUCUUUUGUUUAGUAAGAAAUACAGUAAAUCUGAGUUAAGUUCAAA